AUGUGCCCACACCAAAACGGAGACUCCCUGCCCACCGUCGACCGCGCUGAGAUGGUCCCAGUGGAUUUAACCAACGGAAAGGCCUCCGUCAAUGGCAAGAGGGGAACAUCCUACAAAAACAGCGCCGCUGCCCAGCUCGAGCAGCAACGCCUCAACCCUUACGCUCCCCGAGCUGCUGAUUUCCUCAAUAAUGUCUCAAACUUCAACAUCAUCGAGAGCACCCUGAGAGAGGGAGAGCAGUUCGCUAAUGCUUUCUUUGAUACCAAAACCAAAAUCGCCAUCGCAAAGGCACUCGAUGCAUUCGGCGUUGAAUACAUCGAGCUCACAUCUCCGGCAGCAUCAGAUCAAUCGCGACUGGAUUGCGAGGCCAUCUGCAAGUUGGGUUUGAAGGCCAAGAUCCUCACCCACAUUCGAUGCCACAUGGACGAUGCCAGGAUCGCUGUCGAGACCGGGGUGGACGGCGUCGACGUUGUGAUUGGAACUUCGUCUUUCCUCCGCGAGUUCUCUCAUGGCAAAGAUAUGGCAUAUAUCACCAAGACUGCUAUCGAGGUCAUAAAUUUCGUCAAGUCAAAGGGAAUAGAAGUCCGAUUCUCUACCGAAGACUCGUUCCGAUCAGACCUAGUCGAUCUCCUUUCAAUAUACCAAACCGUUGAUAAGAUCGGCGUCAAUCGAGUUGGCAUUGCGGACACUGUUGGCUGCGCCAACCCAAGGCAGGUAUAUGAACUAGUCCGAACGCUCAGAGGUGUCGUUGGGUGCGACAUUGAAAUUCACUUACACAAUGACACUGGAAUGGCAAUCGCCAACGCCUACACCGCUCUGGAAGCUGGUGCAACCCACAUCGACACAUCUGUUCUCGGAAUUGGAGAGCGUGUCGGAAUCACGCCUCUCGGUGGCCUCGUAGCGUGCCUGUACGCAGCCAACCCCGAAUACGUCAAGGCCAAAUAUAACCUCUCGAUGCUACGAGAGAUUGAGAAUCUGGUCGCCGAAGCCGUAGAAGUCAAUGUUCCAUUUAUGAAUCCCAUCACCGGCUACUGUGCAUUCACUCACAAGGCCGGCAUCCACGCCAAAGCCAUCCUGAACAACCCCUCAACUUACGAAAUCCUCAAACCAGAAGACUUCGGCCUCACCAGAUAUGUGUCCAUCGGUCAUCGUCUCACCGGCUGGAACGCUGUCAAGUCUCGUGUCGAGCAACUUGGGCUCAAGCUGACCGAUGAGGAGGUCAAGGACGCGACAGCUAAGAUUAAGGAACUCGCUGACGUUCGAACACAAUCUAUGGACGAUGUCGACUCGCUCCUCCGUAUCUACCACUCUGGUAUUCAAUCGGGCGAACUGGCUGUAGGUCAGAAGGAAGCUCUUGAUCGUCUGCUGAGGAAGCACCGUGAACAAGCACAAGGCCGCGAGGAAACAUCUGUCGAGCGAUCUGAUUAA